AUGAAUAAUAAUACUAAUAAUGGAUUAAAUGAUGAAGAAUUGCUAAGACUUAUAAAGUAAGAACUACAUUAUCCAAAUUCACCUGUUUAUGAUUAGAUAAGUGACUAAUAUUCUUCUGUAAGUGAUGAAGAGGAUAUCAUUAUCAGAGACCCAGCUUCUGAAAUAACUGAUGAAUCAAGCAAAUCUCAGUAAUUUGAAAAGAAACAAGCAAAAUGGAAAUAUUGUUGUCAAAAAUGUACAAAAUCUGACAAAGGGUCCCUUAAACCAAAGACUUGUGUAUGCAUAGUUCCAGCAUCAUAAAGAAGAAUCUAGAUUGGAGAAUAGGGAUGUCUCUCUUGUCAUUGUACAGGAUGUUCAAUAGAGGAUGAAAAGAAAAAACAAAAAAAGAUCAAGAAGAAAAGAAAAUCAUCUUCUGUUUCCAGUUCGGAUGAGUCUUCAGAAUUCAAAACUGUAAAUGGAUGUUGCAAGAAAUGCAUGAAAGCCUUUUCCAAAAUGGGUAAAGAAGCUAAAUCUUGUUUAUGUCAAGUUCCAAGGGCUGUUCGAAAGAAACCUUUACCUGCACAUGGUUGUCAGUAUUGUGGAUGCCAUGGAUGCAAUCCUGAGGAUAAGAAAAAAGAGAAGGUAAAGAAAAAUAGUCGACAGCUUUCUCCAGUUUCGAAUGAAGCGAAUGAGUAGAAUCUCAAUAAUUUUCAAAAUGCUCCUUUAAUAUAAUGGCUUAAUGCAUAAAAUCUCAACCCAGGCAUUUUAGGAAUUGGAAUACCGUAAAGGACAUACUCAUAUAUUUAUGGGAAGGAAUAAGGACGUUGA